CACCUACUCAAUCACACACACAACAUGAUAUUCACCACAGCUUUGUUGAAUCCUUUGUUUCAACCUCCUUCAAUGUCGAUUGCAAUUACUUCAACCAACGUCGUCGGUUCACAGUCUUACCAUCGCCGGAAGCGGCAUUCGUUUUGCCAUCAGUACCGGUGCGUCAACGUCAACACCGAAAAUGUGUUUUUCCGUAGCAAAAGCGGUAGACGUGAUCGUGUCAGUCUGUAUCAUCGGAUUCGAGUUUAUUCCGAAUCUAAGAUGGAAGACAAGGAAAUUCGAAAGUAUUCACCUCUUCUUGAGGGUCCAUUGCUGUCAGAAAACCAUGUAUUGACUGAUGAAUUGAAAACAAUUCCUGACAUUUGGAGGUCCUCGGCAGAAAGGUUUGGUGAUCGGGUCGCUUUGGUGGAUCCACAUCACGACCCUCCUACAAACAUGACUUACAAGCAGGUAGAGCAGGAAAUUUUGGAUUUUUCUGAAGGUUUAAGAGUUAUUGGGAUCAAGCCAUGCGAAAAGCUGGCACUUUUUGCUGACAAUUCCUGCCGGUGGCUUGUUGCUGAUCAAGGAAUUAUGGCCACAGGAGCAAUAAAUGUUGUCAGAGGAUCCAGGUCAUCUGUAGAAGAGCUGUUACACAUCUAUAAUCAUUCUGAAAGUGUUGCACUUGCUGUGGACAACCCUGAAUUAUAUCAUCGGAUUGCAGAGGGCUUUAUUUCUAAGGCAACUGUUAGAUUUGUCAUCCUACUUUGGGGGGAAAAAUCAUCCUUAGUUAGCAAUAUGAUGGAGGGAAUUCCUGCUUAUAGCUACAAAGAGAUCAUAGAUAUGGGUCAUGAACAUCGUGCGGUUUUGGUUGAUUCACAUGAUGCCCGUGAAAAGUAUGUUUAUGAGCCCAUCAAGUCUGAUGAGGUUGCUGCUCUUAUAUACACAAGCGGGACCACUGGCAACCCAAAAGGAGUAAUGCUUACACAUAGUAAUCUUUUGCACCAGGUUCAUAAUUUGUGGGACAUUGUCCCUGCUGCACCUGGGGAUAGAUUUCUAAGCAUGCUUCCACCUUGGCAUGCAUACGAACGUGCUUGUGAGUAUUUUAUACUUUCUCUGGGAAUCGAACAAGUAUACACAACAGUGAAAAACUUGAAGGAUGAUUUGCGGCACUAUCAACCACAAUUCAUGAUUUCUGUCCCUCUAGUAUUUCAAACUCUAUACAGUGGGAUCCAAAAACAGAUAUCCACCAGCUCCACUAUCCGUAAGCUGGUUGCAGUUUCAUUUCUAAGGAUCAGUAUGGUAUACAUGGAGUUUAAAAACAUACAUGAGGGUAAAUACUUGUCAAGAGAUCAGAAGCAGCCUUCUUACAUUGCUGCAAUGUUGGACUGGCUAUAUGCACGGGUUAUUGCGGCAAUUUUGUUUCCAUUGCAUUUAUUGGCAAAGAAGGUUAUUUACAGUAAAAUCCACUCGUCAAUUGGGCUUUCAAAGGCUGGCAUAAGUGGAGGUGGUAGCUUGCCUUUGCAUGUUGACAAGUUCUUCGAGGCAAUUGGCACGAAAAUCCAGGUUGGAUAUGGAUUAACAGAGUCAUCUCCUGUUGUAGCUGCUCGACGACCAGAUUGCAAUGUUCUUGGCUCAGUUGGGCAUCCAAUUCGGCAUACAGAAAUAAAAGUUGUACAUGAUGAAACAGGUGAAGACCUUCCUCCUGGUUCAAAGGGAAUUGUCAAAGCCAGGGGACCUCAGAUCAUGCAGGGUUAUUACAAGAAUCCCAUUGCGACAAAGCAAGCCUUAGAUGAGGAUGGUUGGUUAAACACAGGGGAUAUUGGCUGGAUUUCUCCUUCCUAUUCUAUAGGACGAAGUCGACAUUCUGGAGGCAUUAUUGUUCUUGAAGGACGUGCCAAGGAUACUAUUGUCCUUUCAACAGGGGAAAACGUUGAACCAGAACAGCUAGAAGAAGCUGCCAUGAGAAGUAGUUUGGUCCAACAAAUAGUUGUCAUUGGGCAGGAUCAACGUCGCCUUGGAGCCAUCAUUGUUCCAAACAAAGAAGAAAUUCUAUUGGCAGCCAAAAGUUCAGAUUCUGGUGUUGCUGAACUUAGCAAGGAGCAAAUGGUUGGCUUGUUAUCUGCAGAGCUUCGGAAAUGGACUUCUGAUUGCUCAUUUCAGAUCGGACCCAUUCUUGUCAUAGAAGAGCCUUUUACGAUUGAUAGUGGUUUGAUGACCGCGACCAUGAAGAUCCGAAGAAAUAGAGUUGCGGAACUAUAUAAAGAGCAGAUAGAUGAUCUAUACAAGUGAUCUUAACAAGUCAAGUGAAAUCCAAACUGUGCACUUUUGAUGGCUGAUAAUAUGUAUUCUUCAUGUUGUUUUGUUGACAUGGUUGUACGUUUCCAUUGUUGAUGCAAGUCUUGCCACUGGAUAUGAGUCGCUGACUCAUUCUUUAAC